UCGGAGUUUAUACGGCUUGGGUGGAUUGAAUAUUCGUGAACCGGAGUUUGACCGUGCGAGACAUGGUGAAAGCUUCGAUGAUGCAUUUUUUGGUGCGCUGCAUCUUGACUCUGAAUGCUUGAUUGUCAUAUGAAGACGCAACACCCUUUACUUUCCUUUGUUUUUUUAAUGCCGUGAUGAAGCCCCUCAAUCUCCUCAAAACUUCCCCUUUCCCCUGCCCCCAAGUUCUUGUCUCUGUUCUCCCAUGCACUUUGCACACUGUACAGAUAGUGACUGUAUCUGACCAUAUCCAGCUCGUCUGGUGGUUUCUGGUUACUUUCUCCAUGCCCUGGCUUUCCCCCAUCCCUCUAAAUAUGCCCCCUUUCGACUUCUCUGCGAUGCACAUCUCGAAAAGUCAGUACACUCGUUUGACACCUGUACAUUUCCUAUCUCUUUCUUCUCUGCAUUUGUGGUGCUCUACGGUUGGUGUUGAUCUGGUGAUCCUUGGGUUCUAUGGUUCUUUCGGAAAUUUGCUCUCAAAGGGAGUUGUACAUACACACACACACACACACACACACACACACACACACACACACAUUCUGUUUCUCGUUCACAUAGCCCUGCGCUAGAUUGGAUGAUCAAUAAAUCUGUGAUCUACGGUUCCAGUGUCCUUCAACCUGCAAACCCUAAGAACUAGCAAAGUCUCUCGAUAAAGGAAGAGAGAGAGAGAGAGAGAGAGAGAGAGA